AUGGAGACUCUUACUUCUAGAAUGCGCCUGCGUUUCCGCACGUUAUGGUUGAAAUUGUUCGGUUCGCGGACCACGAAUUUUCAAGUUAAAGCAACGACCGAAUCCUUUUUUUUUCCCCCUACUCCCCAAUCGUUUUUUUUUAAGGACCGCCUCCAUUUUUGGGCACAAUCCAGUGGAAAUACAGAAAAAGAAAAACACCACUGCGACCACUCAAUUGGUGGAGAUAAAAUAAAGACCGAUUUGGAAAAAAGAGCAGUUUCCCUUAUGCAUCGGGCGUGGCGCAUCAGAAAGCCACGGCGGCGUUCCCCGACCCUUCCUGAAAAGCUUGGCGGUCCGCCUUUUAAUUCUGAACUAUAA